AUGGCAUCAAAGCUGUUGUUGAUUGCAGUCUUCAUCGUUAAUGUCAUUGCUUUUGGGCUGGCUGUUGCAGCUGAGCAGAGGAGAAGCUCUGCAAGGAUCGUUCAGGAUAAUGAGGUGAACUACAACUAUUGUGUCUAUGACUCGGACAUUGCAACUGGCUACGGGGUUGGUGCAUUUUUGUUCCUCUUGGUAGGUCAGGUCAUUAUAAUGGCAGCAAGCCGAUGCUUCUGUUGCGGGAAGCCAUUGAGUCCUGGAGGGUCAAGAGCCUGGGCAGUCAUCCUUUUCGUAACCUGCUGGAUAUUUUUCUUCAUUGCUGAGGUGUGCUUGCUGGCGGGUUCCGUGAGGAAUGCCUACCACACCCAUUAUAGGACCAUUUUCAGUGAAAACCCUCCAGAUUGCCAGACAUUGAGAAAAGGAGUUUUUGGUGCAGGGGCAGCUUUCAUCUUCCUCACCACAAUAGUUUCUGAGUUCUACUAUGUUUUCUACUCCAGAGCCAGAGGAAGCUUCCAGCCAUAUGGUGGAGAGGCUGCUGUUGGUCUGGGAACCUUCAAAUGA